AUGAAGUCUUCUUUCCUCGGUGCCAUUAUCAUUGCAAUUGGGGUUAUCAACAAUGUUUCCGCUGUUCAAUAUGUGGAUAAAGAAACGUUUAAGUAUUACCAAAACAAGUGCCAUGACACCCCUUUCGAAAAGUGCGAUACCGUUGGAUACUGCAUCCCUGACCAGGCGUACAAUGGAGAUCUAAAAUUGGUCCAAAACUGCUUGAUCGAUUUCAAAAAAUAUGAUGUAUCAGGCAGCCCCCCCGCUGGCAUGGUUAGGGACGAAAUUGACUACUGA